AUGCCCAAAGACGCAAUGACCUUCUUGCCCGUCAUUUCGCGAGUACUCGUCCUCGAUGGUGUGGCUGAAUCGGCUGUAAUGAAACUACGUCAAGCCGGUGUGGAGGUUCUCGUGGGCCCAAGUGGCUUAUCCGCAGCGGAUCUGGUGAACAUCAUCACAGACUUUACUCCCGCUGCGGUGAUUGUUCGCUCGGCCACCAAACUGCCAGCUGCUGUCAUUAAGGACGUGGCCUUUUGUGUUCGUGUUAUAGCUCGUGCUGGUGUGGGAGUGGACAACAUUGACGUUGAAGCUGCUCGCCAGGAGGGGAUCCUUGUAGUCAACGCUCCUCUUGGUAACAUCAUAUCUGCUGCCGAACACACCUGCGCUCUACUUCUCUCUCUUGCCCGCCAACUACCCGUGGGUCAAGUACGCUUAGACGCUGACCACGAUCUCACUACUGCCUGGAAUGUAAGCAAGAAGGCCACGAGUCCCGGCCAACAGCACUGCAUCACGGAGAUUGCCGGCAAAACGAUUGGUCUCGUAGGUCUAGGAAAGAUUGGUGCUGCCGUUGGCGCUCGAAUGCACGCCUUUGGUGCACGCAUAAUCGGUCAUGACCCAGUGUGGCCCCUAGGAGAGGACAGCGGGCAGCUUCCUACCUGGCUCUCUGGUCUCUGCAGCCUCGAGAAGCUCUGGCCACAGGCUGACUACAUCAGUCUCCACGUACCCCUAACACCUUCUACUCAUCAUCUGAUUUGUGCAGACGUCUUGGUCAAGUGCAAGCCCGGAGUGCGCAUCAUUAAUUGCUCGCGUGGUGGAGUGGUUGAUGAAAUGGCUCUGUUGGACAGCCUGAAGUCAGGACAUUGCGCCGCGGCAGCCCUUGAUCUGCUGGAGCAUGAACCACCGGGAGGAACGUCAUCCGAGGCCGCUGCCCAACUGGCCACUCUACCCAACGUUAUCUUAACUCCCCACCUGGGCGCUAGUUCCUUUGAGGCCCAGAUCCGUGUGGCUGAGGAAGUGGUGGAAGCUAUUUUGGCUAUUGGUAAUCGACAGGCCUCAAUAACGGGCCUUGAGAAUGCCAUAAACCUUUCCCCUUUGGGCAGUCAAGUGCGCGAUCUGCUUGCUGAUGCCAACAAUCGUGAGUUGCUUCUGGCCAGCUACGGCUCACUUUCAGAACUGGUGUUUCUAAGCAGCUUUGCCAAUCUUCAGAGAUGCCUUGCCGACGACGAUGUUGCUAUCUUCGAUUCAACCAUCUAUGUCGAUGUUUCGCCUGUCAUGUCAGAGGUCUUGAUGACUAGUCUGACUCACCUUUUGCACACUAUUCUGCAUCGUAACAAGUGUCCACCUUCGGACUGCCUUAGGUCUCUCAUUCUACCUGCCGUUGGGGGCGAAAAUGGGCGUAUGCAACUCAAACCUCUUUCCGAGUUCAAGGCAGCGGGUCCUUCUUUUGCCGAUUUUUUGAGGAAGAAAUCGCUUGAUUUCCUUGCUGCAUUGAGGCUGUCCUACACAACGGUCAAGGGUCAGACUGUUUCGGGUGUCUAUGGGCUACUUGCAGGCGCCAAUGCAGCAGAUGCCAGGGAGGUGUAUCGUCUUGUUGGGGAUGAUGAAGAUGCUUCCACUUCUCCUCAGAGUCUCGGUGGGGUCGCCCAUUUUGGGGAGGGCAUCUUUGGCCCUCUUGCUUGA